CAGUUGGCAAAUGGAUCGCCACCUCUUUUUAUUCUGAUCUUUGUGAAGAGAGACAGAUGACCAGCAUAGAAAUGCCAUAAGAUGUAAAAUAUUACACAUGGAGCUACAUAGACUUUGUUUGUUCUCUUAUCUGUUGGCCAUUUUGCUGUCACUGAGCAUCUCUUCAACCACAAACUCUGACCCCACCAAUGCAGAAGCAGAAGCAAAAGCAAAAGCACUUCUGUGGAAGGGUGGAGAUGGUGCGAAAAGGUCACGAGUAAGGCGGCAGAACUUACUACAACAUGCAUUUCGCUUACCAGAAAAAGCUUAUGCUUUUUAUAUGUUAUGGAGUCUUUUAAACGAAAUGUACAACGACACAAAGGCCAUCAAUCCAUUAACAACAAGACCAGACAAACUGGAAUAUACAACAUCAGAAGAGGCAAAGAACAUGGAGAUUGAGGUCAAAACAUCUUCAGCUCCCAUACAGGAACAAAGCACUCAUUCCACUGGAAUGAUUGGUACAAUUGACUCUACAGCUAUGGCACCUUUUCCCAAUGAACAAUCAUCAUUAGAGUUACAGAAAACAACGCAAUUAGAAGAUCUGCAACUAGUGGAACAAUCAACUCAGCAACUCCAGACCACAAAACAGAAAAUUACAGAACCCAAUCAAACUACGGAGCACCACAUCCCUGAUUCCACAAUAUUCACCAUCAAUAUCUCCUCCAAAGCAGCAGAAGAAUCUUCUUCAAUUACCAUACGUGAACAAACUGACCACUUCACUGGUAUUAAUGAUACAAAUAACUCUACAGUCAUGCCGUCCUUUCCCACUGAUUCAUUACCAGACUCACAGGAAACAACUCAAUCUGGAGAUUCACAACUAGCUGAAGAAUCAACUCAGCGACUCCAGACCACAAUACAGAAAAUUACUGAACCCAGUGAAGUUACAGAGCAACACAUCCUUGAUUCCACAACAUUUAAAAUUCCCUCCACUGCAGCAGAAGAACCUUCUACAAUUGCCAUACAUGAACAAAAGGACCACCUCACUGGUAUUAAUGAUACAAAUAACUCUACAGCCAUGCCAUCCUUUCUCACCGAUUCAUUACCAGACUCACAGGAAACAACUCACUCAGGAGAUCCAGAACUUGUUGAACGCUUCCAGACCACAAAACAGAAAAUUACAGAACCUGAUCAAGCUAUGGAGGAACACAUCCCUGACUCCACAACAUUUAAAAUUCCCACCAUCGCAGCAAAAGAAACUUCUACUAUUGCCAUGCAUGAACAAAUGGACCACUUCACUGGUAUUAAUGAUACAAAUAACUCUACAGCCAUGGCAUCCUUUCCCACUCAAUCAUCAUUACCAGGCUCACAGGAAACAACUCACUUAGGAGACUCACAACAAGCUGAAGAAUCAACUCAACGACUCCAGACCACUAUGCAGAAAAUUACAAAACCUAGUGAAGUUACAGAGCAACACAUCCCUGAUUCUACAAUAUUCACCAUCAAUAUCUCCUCCAAAGCAGCAGAAGAACCUUCACCAAUUACCAUAGAUGAACAAUUCGACCACUUCACUAGUAUUAAUGGUACAAAUAACUCUACAGCCAUGCCGUCCUUUCCCACUGAUUUAUUACCAGACUCACAGGAAAUAACUCACGCAGGAGAACUUGUUGAACGCUUCCAGACCACAAAAGAGAAAAUUACAGAACCUGAUCAAGCUAUAGAGGAACAAAACCCUGACUCCACAACAUUUAAAAUUCCCACCAUCGCAGCAGAAGAAACUUCUACGAUUGCCAUACAUGAACAAAUGGACCACUUCACUGGUAUUAAUGAUACAAAUAACUCUACAGCUAUGGCGUCCUUCCCCACUCAUUCAUCAUUUCCAGACUCACAGGAAACAACUUUAACAGAAGAUUCACAACAAGCUGAAAAAUUAACUCAACGACUCCAGACCGCAAUACAGAAAAUUACAGAAUCCAGUGAAGCUACAGAGCAACACUUUCCUGAUUUCACAACAUUCACUAUCAACGUCUCCUCCAAAGCAGCAGAAGAACCUUCUUCAAUUACCAUAGAUGAACAAUUCAACCACUUCACUGGUAUUAAUGAUACAAAUAACUCUACAGCCAUGGCAUCCUUUCCCACUCAAUCAUCAUUACCAGGCUCACAGGAAACAACUCACUUAGGAGACUCACAACUAGCUGAAGAAUCAACUCAACGACUCCAGACCGCAAUACAGAAUAUUACAGAAUCCAGUGAAGCUACAGAGCACCACAUCCCUGAUUCUACAAUAUUCACCAUCAAUAUCUCCUCCAAAGCAGCAGAAGAACAUUCUUCAAUUACCAUAGAUGAACAAUUCGACCACUUCACUAAUAUUAAUAGUACAAAUAACUCUACAGCCAUGCCGUCCUUUCCCACUGAUUUAUUACCAGACUCACAGGAAAUAACUCACGCAGGAGAACUUACAGAACCUGAUCAAGCUAUAGAGGAACAAAACCCUGACUCCACAACAUUUAAAAUUCCCACCAUUGCAGAAGAAACUUCUACAAUUGCCAUACAUGAACAAAUGGACCACUUCACUGGUAUUAAUGAUACAAAUAACUCUACAGCUAUGGCGUCCUUCCCCACUCAUUCAUCAUUUCCAGACUCACAGGAAACAACUCAAACAGAAGAUUCACAACAAGCUGAAGAAUCAACUCAACUACUCCUGACCACAAAACAGAAAAUUACAGAACCCAGUGAAGUUACAGAUCAACACAUCCCCGAUUCUAUUAAUGGUACAAAUAACUCUACAGCCAUGCCGUCCUUUCCCACUGAUUUAUUACCAGACUCACAGGAAAUAACUAACUCAGGAGAUCCACAACUUGUUAAACGCUUCCAGACCACAAAACAGAAAAUUACAGAACCUGAUCAAGCUAUAGAGGAAAAAAACCCUGACUCCACAACAUUUAAAAUUCCCACCAUCACAGCAAAAGAACCUUCUACAAUUGCCAUACAUGAACAAAUUGACCAUUUCACUGGUGUUAAUGGUACUAAUAACUCUACAACUAUGGAGUCCUUCCCCACUCACUCACCAUUACCAGACUCACAGGAAACAACUCAAUCAGAAAAUUCUCAACUAGCUGAAGAAUCAACUCAACGACUCCAAACCACAAAACUGAAAAUUGCAGAACCCAGUGAAGUUACAGAUCAACACAUCCUUGAUUCUACAACAUUUACGAUCAAAAUCUCCAAAGCAGCAGAAGAACCUUCUUCAAUUACCAUACAUGAACAAAUUGACAACUUCACUGUUAUUAAUGGUACAAAUAACUCUACAAUUAUGGUGUCCUUUCCCACUGACUCAUUAUCAAACUCACAGGAAACAACUCAAUCAGGAGAUUUAGAACUUCCUGAACAACCAACUCAACACUUGCAGACCACAAAACAGAAAAUUGCAGAACCUAGUCAAGUUACAGAGCAACACUUUCCUGAUUCCACAACAUUCACUAUCAAAGUCUCCUCUAAAGCAGCAGAGGAAUCUUCUUCAAUUACCAUUCAUGAACAAAUUGACAACUUCCCUGUUAUUAAUGGUAUAAAUAACUCUACAAUUAUGGUGUCCUUUCCCACUGACUCAUUAUCAGACUCACAGGAAACAACUCAAUCAGGAGAUUUAGAACUUCCUGAAGAACCAACUCAACACUUCCAGACCACAAUACAGAAAAUUGGAGAACCCAGUGAAGUUACAGAGGAACCCAUCCUUGAUUCCACAACAUUUACUGUCCAGGACUCAGCGAGCCCCAGUUCAGAUCUCAGCGAGUCCACAUCAGAUCCAAAACACCAUAAACGCAAACCGACAGAAGAGCCUACAAAUAAACAUACUGAAAAAAACACAACUAAUACAGCAAAAUCUUCUAGAGACAGUUUUAUGCAACCAUUUAUGACAAGCAGCACUCACAUACUAACUGAUACAUUAGCAAGCAGCAAAACAGCUUCCACAUCACCUCUUCCAAUCCUGGUGGAAAAUCAUUUAGUUGACUCAAAAGGACCAAAGGACACUUCUGUGCCGACAACCAUUACCCUGCAGGAUUCCACAUCAUUCAUAACCUAUCAGAGUAAUGCAAAAACACAGUCACAGCGUACAACAAACAAAUACACAAUUUUUAGCAAAAUGAUGUCCCAUACAAGUUUCCCAUUGGUAAAGGACACAUCAACUCAAGCUCCCAAAAAUAGAGUGCAAUCAUCUCAAACUACUCCAGUCUCCAACAUAAUGAUGUUCACUCCAAAUCCAAAACCUUCAGAAAAACAUAUUCCAACCACAUCAGUCAUGCAACAUGGAUUUUUGACAUCAACAACACAGGAAAUUCCAUCCUGGAUUUCAACGAAACCAUCCAACAUCCAACCCACUGAAACAGCAGAGCCUAGUUUAGACCAAUCAAAUCAAGGACCUACAGCAGAUCCAAUGCCAAAGGAAAAUUCUACCAAUAAUAAUCUGCUAAUUAAGAUAGACAAACCAACGGAAAGCAAGAGCGGCCGCAAACCAAGUAUGACAACAACUAGAUUGCACAUAUCAAAAACACAAACUGUUUCACGAAAAUCCAAGACAUUUAUUUAUUUACCAACACACAAAUCAGCUAUCGCCACAACAGAUUACAUGAAAACCCGCAGAGAUAUUUACGGAUUACUCUUCACUUUUGGGUGCCUCAUGUUGCUGAUACUAGUAAUCUUGCUUCGGGAAGUACAUAGAAGAUGGCAAGCCUGGCAGUGGAGAAACAACAUGUGGGUAGCAGGUUCUCCUCAGCUGCCGGGAACUUAUUCGGUCUUGCAGGUCUGCAGUUCAUACACUGCAAUACAGAUGAGGAAAAAGGGCAGCCAAAAGAAGAAGGAGGAAAAGAGUGAUGUUCAUGAGAAUAUCGUCCUCAGUCAGCAACACAUAGACCUUGUAUAAACACAAGGAUGUCAGCAAACUUAGGACACUGUCUAAUGCCAACCCUCAACAUGACAGCUUUUUUAACUAAACAAAUUCUGAAUUAACAAAUCCUACCGAGUGCUCCGUGAGUCACAAACUUCUAGGUAACAUCUUUGUGUCUUGCAUAUGCAAACACUUAACUUUACAUGACUUACAAGAACAAAUAAGACCUAAUAUUACAUUAUAUAUGUUGAGAUUGUGUGAAUGUACUUUUAAAGGUCACUGCAGUGCCUUUAUUUUGUUUUAAUAAAAAAAAAAAAACACUUUUACCUGUAUUGAGUAAUUUUAAUCUGUUUCAAGAAAAUGUUAAAGGGAUAGUUAAUUACUCACCCUCAUGUCGUUCCAAACCUGUAAGACCGUUCAUCUUCAGAACACAAUUUAAGUAUUUUUUCAUCAUUAAAAUAGUCCACCUGACAUCUGUGGUUUAAA